AUGAAUCCACUAUCUACGCGGAUUCGUCCACGUCGGGCUCCUCAGCAACCGCUGCUAGAUCUACUCCAAACCCCCUCAGUGCCACAGAGACGAAGUUCCCGAAUUCAAGCACGGCAGCGCUCUGGAUUAGUACAGCACGUAUUAGGAUCUUCCUACGAAUCUCGGAGUUCUCUCGAGCAACGACAAGAAGAUCGUCAGACGUCACAGUGUGGAGCUAUCUCACUUACGCGUGUGCCAACUCCAAGCCCCAUCGAAGGCUCGGUGCCUGUACCUUCGAGAACACAGUGUCAAAAUUAUCCUUGUCUACCACACACCCAUAACCACCAGGCUCGGAAACGGAGACCUGACAGAUCUAUCGAGACCGAUGUCGAAAGACCUCUAAAACGUGCCCGUCUGACGGAGAAAAACCUGAAAGCGUUUGAGAAAAUGGGAGGACGAGAAAGGAAGUCUGCUGGGAAAAAGUCCACUGGACAAUCAUCUUCUACAACUACAUCAGCCGACAAGGAUUUCGGCCCCCAACUCGAACGAAACCAUGUCGUUUUUGGAAAUCUUGACGCACGAACGGCAGACGACUACGAGGAUAUCAGGAAAUUAUUAAAUCGAAGACGGGAAUCCGAACCACCAGAUCGAUUAGACUACAACCAGUAUCUAGCAGCUACAAAAGGAUGCCAGAACGAAGCUACUAUCCAGUAUUCCGCUUACCCAUUCCUUUCUAAACGGACGUCGCGCGAGGCAAUGAUUUCAGGCUACAGACAGAGCGCCAAUUACGCCUGGUCGGACGUCGACAACCACCUGACUACUGGCUUAAGUAAUGCCAAACCAGAUAUUUUCGAGUCUUACCGUAAGACUAACUACCCUCCGGAAGUGGUCGAUGAAUUGUCUAGCGCACUUUCUCCUACCUCAUAUGAUAUUGCAAUGCCGGCUUUUGCUGUUGAAGUAAAGGGUUAUAACGGCAGCAUGCAAGUAGCACAACUACAAUGUGCCUAUAAUGGAGCACUUAUGACAGAGGGAGCAUAUGCUGUGCAUACACAUAUUAACAAAUCCAAUGUCGAAUUUUGCGGGACAACACAAGCUCUUACAGUUGGAUACAAUGGUGAGAAUCUCAACUUCUAUGGUCACCAUACGCGGCAGAUUCCUACACCGUCAGAUCCCGUAAUCUGCGAAUCUGCUGGCAGUGGAGUCGUUAGUACAGAGGCUACCGGUAAGACCGCAGCUUGUCUAGAAUAUCAUCAGUAUCUUCUAAGCUGUGAUAAUCCCUGCGCUUCGUACGAAGACUUUAAGAAGGCAUACAAGCAUACUAGGAAUGCUCAAGACAUUGGCUACAAGUGGGCAACUGAAAGGAAAGAUGCAUUGUGGGCAUUGACGAAUGCGAGCAGUACACAAAUUUCUCCCGAUGUUCCAGUAUCUUCACAGCAAUUACAGGACGAUUUCGUCGCUCCCAACUCUUCAGCUACACCAUCUGGCCACACUCCAAUAACUCUACUACAAUCGUCAAAGGGACUCACCGGGCAAGGACACAUCGCACGCGCCGCUGAUGCUAUCGAAGGGCCGAGGGAAGUUGUUCCUAUCUCCAAGGCGAAGACUGCCUCCAAAGCUCCGCGCUAUAGGGAUGGCAGAUCUGAUCGGAGGCUUCAUUCCGAGAGAUGA